CUUACCUUUUUUGCCUUGGGCAUAACGGACAUUAUUAAUACUCCCGGGCGGCCGUGCCACCAUACACCAUACAUACACCAUACUACCCGAGUGGCAUAUAAUAACCGUCGCUUGUCCUUCUUCCGACCAUCGCAACUUGUACGUAAACAGACAAAGUCAAUCCUUAGGUUUUUUCGGAAUCGCAACCAAGACAACUUUCAACUUUCAACUUUCCUAACUACCCCGCCGAUUUACAUCGUUAAGAUACCCCCUCAUCUUUUUUUUCUCUUUUUGCAAAGCCGAUACCUAUCUUUACCAUUCGCAAUGGCCGACCAGGAACACACUUACAAGUUCAACGUCAGCAUGAGCUGCGGCGGCUGCUCCGGUGCCGUUAACCGCGUGCUAGGCAAGCUAGAGGGCGUCCAGAGCUACGAAGUCUCCCUCGAGAAGCAGGAAGCCCUCGUCGUAGCCAAGCCAGGCCUCGACUACGAAACCGUGCUCAAGACCAUCAAGAAGACGGGCAAGAAGGUCAACUCGGGCUUCGUCGACGGCGAGUCGCGCAGCAUCGAGGUGGCCGAGUAAGCGAUCGCAGACCACCACCACCACCACCACCACAACAAUAAUAACAACAACAACGACGACAACAUUUUGGCAUGACAAUAGGACGCGGUGGUUUGGAGUACUCCCCCGCUGCUUGGCGACGAAUAGAUAGAUGUUUUCUGUUUAAGGCCUACGAUAGCAGACAGUCUUGCAUCAGGCGUGUGUUGUUGUAUGUAUUAUGCAGCCGGCUUUCUUUUGUAGCUUCGUCGAGUACCUACCUACAACUCCGUUAUUAUGAUGAGCGAUGAAACGAUCCGGGGGCAGGGCAGGGCAGGGCAGGGCAGGGCAGGGCCGUGGGAAUUACAUAGGUACCUACCUAGGUA